AAUCUCUUUGGCAGCAUCAUGGUCAAGUUGUGUCAGCUUGUGUUGUUCAUUGGAGUGACGGUGGCUAGCAUGGCGAUAGGGCAAACGGAGGCAGCAGCAUACCUAAUGGCAAAUGCGACACAUCCUGAUUACCCAGGGGCAUGCUACGAUUCGCACCGGGAACUUAGCCUGAAACCGAACGAAACGGUUCAACUCAAAGGUGAAUGCGCAGAGAUGUCGUGCGACUCGCAAUUUACCAUUUCCUUCUACUCGUGCGGAGUAUCUCAUGUUGAGUCACCGGAAUGUGUCCUAACAGGUCAAGAUUUUAGCAAAGAUUAUCCAGCGUGUUGCAGUAAAUACACGUGUACCGACAAGGACGGGAAAACGUACCGCAUGUAA